AAUGUACGACACAAAUACACGUCCGCUAAAACGUCAGUGCACACAUUCCAUCUCGACCUCGCCGAUGCCGAGAUCUUCGUCAUUCACUCCACCCCCAGACUCUCCGAUGCCAGCACUCCGCCUGCUCCCUCCAGCAAUCUUACUCCUUGCACUUCCAGGGCUUCUGGCACUUCCUCCGACUCAUCUAGACUUUGGCUUUUCACUCUUUCUCUCCCUCCGUUCAUUAAGACAAUGCUUAGCACUGCCUGCCCUAGCACCUGAUUAUUUGGCCGAAGUCGGCAUGAGAGUCAUGGAGAGUGGCUCGCAGGAGGGAGGAUGUGACUGGGCUGUAGGUAUUCAUUCCGAAGUCGAGAAAGCACUUAGCAAAGGCCUCCUCAUCGCUCAAAAAGUUACAUCCUUCACUUCGGCCGCUUUGCCAUCACCACACUCCUCCAUUCUCAUUUUGCAUUUAUCUUCCCUUCCUCUACCACAUCUCCCAAAAUUCGCACGUGCUAUCCUCAGACGCCUCAUUGUGUCAUUUUUACCCUCCGACCCUCUAGGCAUCGUAUAUGCCCUGCACCACUCCCGGAUUAUUUUCCUCACUCACGUCAUUAGGUUGCGUGUCCUCCUUCGUGCAGGUGCAUGGGCCCAAGUAGGGCCUGCUCUUGAUACCGCGGAGGCCAUGCUUGGCUUGAUAUUCAACAAGGACGGCAAAAUUAAGAAUGACAAGGGUAAUAUUAAUGCGAUUGUAAACGCCAAACCAGAUGAUGACGCACUUCCUCAUUGGAACUCUAUAACUGCUCACGACGUUAACGCUCCCUCUCGCGAAUAUUCCCAAGUGCACAUCAACCAUUCAGAUGUGGAACCCAAACAAGAGGAGGAAAGCACGCAAUCAGACCCUGCUCAUGCUUCCUUUGUUAUUCAUACACUGCUCUCCGGUACCAUAUUCUGUACUUUCUCCGGAAACAUUCGUGCUGCCGAGCAAAGGCUCAUCGCGCUCCACAAAAUUGUCGAUAGUGGAGCACUCGAGGGAUUCAAGGAUGAUUCCUCUCCCUCCGCGCCCUCCUCUAGCAGUCCAUACCACCCACUCAUACUUCUCCUUCUUACAUUUCUCGUCAGCGCCACUGCGAAACGGGACCCAGUGGGCAGAAACCCAAAGAGACGGCUCUGCGCCGAAGCAGCAAUCAGUAUUCUCAAUACUAAAAGAGAGGAUAUUGAACUGCCGCUCUGGGCUUCCUUAGCAGAUAGAGACAAAAUAAUACAGCGUGCAGUAAGACUCACAGCUGAUCUUUUAUGCGAGCUCGUUGCGAUAUCCCGCCCACAUCAACCCUCCACAUCAACCCUCCACGCCACACACCUCGCACAUGCAUUCAGAGAUACCGAACGCGCAGGCGUAUGCUAUCGCGUUGCCAAAUCCAUGGAUGAUGAGCGCAAUGCAGCGGCUGGGUAUGUAGGUGCUGCUGCAUGCGCUGGGGAAGCAUUGUUGCGCAUAGGACUAUGUGCCCAAGCCCAGGCUCACGACGAGAACUCGAACACUGUUGUGAAUGAAGAUGCUAGCAGUGACAAUAGCGGCUGGUUGGAUGCUGAGACGUAUGCAGUGGCUGGGUCUGCGAUCAAGCGGUGUCACGGGAUGGGAGGGAUGCGUGAAGCGGUUGGGAAGGUGAUGCAAGCAGCUGUGGCGGGUACGAGGGGGGAGAUUGUUGGCGCCAGAUCUCACCUAAAAACUGCGUUGUCUUUAUCAACGUUAGCAGGCGAGAACCAUCUCCAUGCGUUGCUCCUCGCGCAAGUGGGUGCACAGUAUUUGCAUAUGGCACCUACGCAUGCUACGGAGACGUUGGCUGUGUGCAAGACGCUUGGUGCUGGGAUAGGUGCGAAGCAAAAGGACGUGAAUGGUGGAAACGGUAAAGGAAAAGAAAAGAAAAAUGAGAAUGACACGGACGGUGGUAAUGGGUCGAUAAGCAAUGCCCCCCUUCGCCUCUUGAUAUUUAAGUGCACGAAUAAGCUGCACCGAGUGGCAAAGCAAGAGGUGUAUAAUGCUAUGUAUCGGGGUACGGUAGAAAGGAUGGUGGGGAGGGCGGGGUGGCCUUCUGCAAUGGAAUCUGAUGAUGAUGAAAAGGGGCCUGCCGACAGUGAAGAUGUCAAAAUGCAGGAUCUGGAUCGGGAUCGGGAUGUUGAGAUGUAGGUGCCUGCAUCUUGUUCAUUUAAGGAUGACAGAGGGUAACACAUCUUGAACACUGCGAUUUCGGGCUGCCUGGACUAAUCUUGCUAGAAGCACUCAAAAGUGAUUGAUACUCGCAACGACACACAUAACAUACU